AUGAAUGCUACAAGUGCAGGAAGCCGAGGCAUAUGGCUCGAGACUGUCUACACAGGAAACGCCGGGAUCCAGCCGAAUCCGAUUCUCAGACCCGAGACUGAGGAGGAGCAUGCUGAACACUUGCGAACUGUGCUGCAAAUCUUAAAGGACAGGAAGUUAUAUACCAAGUUAUCUAAAUGCGAGUUCUGGGAGAGUGAGGUGAAGUUUCUUAGUCAUGUAGUGAGUAAGCAGGGAAUAGCUAGGGAUCCUGCUAAGGUAGAAGUAGUAAUGAAUUGGGGGCGACCAAUUUCAGUGACAGAGAUCAUGAGUUUCCUAGGUUUGGCAAGAUAUUAUCGAAGAUUUAUUAAGGAAUUUUCACAGCUCGCCUUACUUUUAACUAAACUGAUUAGGAAGGAUAUGCCUUUUGUCUGGACUUCAGAGUGUGAAGAGAGUUUUCAAGUAUUGAAGCAAAGGUUGACUACUGCACCCGUGUUAAUAUUGCCUGAGCCAAGUGAACUAUUUGAAAUAUACUGUGAUGCAUUAUUAAAGGGUUUGGGGUACGUUCUGAUGCAGCAUUGGAAUGUUGUAGCAUACGCCUCACGGCAAUUAAGGCCGCAUGAGAUGAACUACCCAAAUCAUGAUUUAGAACUUGGUGCUAUUGUGUUUGCUCUGAAAAUCUAG